GUACCGCUGCUUCUCUGUAUCUUAGAAGCCAAGCAAACUUACUUUCUGUUUUACAAGUUGCUUCAUUCUUCAUUCUUCAAUAUUUUUCUUUCUUCAUUCACCCUCAAUCACCAUCAUCAUGAAACUCAGAAUUAGAUCUCUUGAAUCCAGAGAAACCCGGAGACUUGAAAUCCCCUCCGAUUGCACUCUCCAACAACUCAAACAAAUUCUCUCACAAUCCAUCUCUUCAUUUCCUUCUUCUCUUCAUCUCUCUCUCAACAGAAAGGACGAGCUCAUUGCUCCAUCGCCUGAGGCGUCUGUCGAAUCCCUCGGUCUCACGUCCGGGGACCUUAUCUAUUACUCUCUUAACCCCUCGGCUUUUGUUUCUCUACAAGAGACUGCCACUCCAGAACUACCUCAAACCCUAGUUCCAUAUCAACAGGAAUCCAAACCCAAAGAGCAUGCUAUUGCUCAAGAUAAUGAAAACGAAAACCCACCUGCCCGAUUGGACACACAAGAAAACCCAGUUGUAGAAUCAAUAGAAAUUAAGGGAACCGGUUUAAAUUCAGAAGAAACCAUGUCGACAGAUCAUGAUUUUUCUCUAGAAAAUCAAGAUAUAUCUGUUGAUGAAACCCAUAAUGUUGAAGGGGCCCCACAAUCGCAAGAAUUUCCCAUGGAUAUUGAUGUGGAUGGCAAGAGAACUUCCGAGCCAUGUUUUUUAAGGAGAGUGCUGAGAGAAGAACCAGGUGAUGGUGCAAGUGCUCACAAGCUCGUUGUCAUUGCGGUUCAUGCGAUUUUGUUAGAGUCUGGCUUUGUUGGGCUUGAUUUGGCGUCUGGUAAGAAAAUUGACCGGUUGCGAUUACCCAGUGAGUGGCCUUCAACAGCAGUUACAAUGUCUCUUUGGUAUACUCUUCCAGAAAUUUUGAAUAACAAUGCUAAUAAUGUGAUUGAAUCUAUUGUUUUGAAGUUUCAAAGCUUAGGACAUUUUGUUAAUGUUUAUGGUUGUUUAGUUAGGGGUGAUUCUGGGUUGCAUAGGGUGUGCUUGAAUGAAUCUAAGUUUGCACCUAUUAUCGAUUUAGUGUGGACUCAGAAUGGUAAGUUGGAUGGUAAAGAUGAAUCUAAGAAUUCGUGCCCUGAAAUGGAAGUUUUUGAAUUUUGGAAGAUGGUGAAGGAUGGACUUGCUUUGCCAUUAUUGAUAGACCUUUGCGAAAAGACUGGGCUAAGUCUUCCAGCAUGUUUGAUGCGUCUCCCAACGGAACUGAAGAUUAAGAUUUUGGAGUGUCUGCCUGGUGUUGAUAUUGCGAAGAUGGGAUGUGUAUGUUCGGAAAUUCGGUACUUGGCAUCGAAUAACGAUUUAUGGGAGAAAAAGUUUGUAGAGGAGUUUGGAGAUCAACCAUAUGCACCUGGAAUAUGCAGCUGGAAAGGUAGGUUUGCUUGCUAUUGGGAUUCUAACAAGAAGAAACAGAGGGUGAUUCCGCCAUGGUAUCCUUCCGUGGCAAGGCCUUUUCACAUCCCGUUUAUAAGAGAUCCUUAUCCACUUGGAAUUCCUCCAAUGAUAGGUGGUGACCAUGAGCGCUUGCCUUCUGGCAUACCCUUUCCUUUUGGACAGCCCAGUGUCCCCAGCCACCCGCCUUUUUUACCUUUUGCUGGGAGGCGGAGUCCGCCUUUUUUUCGUUUUGCUGGGAGGCGGAGUUUUUCUCCAAAUUGUAAUUUGGGAGAUACUUGAGGUAUCUUUUGGUUUGCACUGAAUGCCCAAAUUUAAUUAUGUUGGAGGUGUCUUAAACAGAUGUUAUAUAUUGGAUUUAUUUUAGUAAAAUUCUUGCUAGGUUUGCUAGUACAGUUAAGAUGGUCGGAGUGUAAAAGAGGCUAAAUGCCAGUAGCCUUUUUAUGCUUACUUAAUGGAUAAACUGUUGGUUGCUACUGAGACUUUUCUGACAGAGAGUUGUUACCUCGGUUUUGGUAGAAUCUGGUGCAAAUUUGAGUUUACAGUUGUAUAAAUGGUAAUUGUUCUUUGUUGCAUUGCUAACAUAUUGCAUUUUAGUUCAGGAUGUUACAAUUUCAGAAGUGAAUCUGUGUGGACACUUCCAUGUUAAAGCUAAUGACAGAUUGAAUUUUGACACACUUCACAAUAUCUGCAUGUUACCCUUCUUCUGGAGCUGUUGGGUUUUUUUAGGCUAAAUAGAUGGGGAAGUGUGUGUUGGAUAAAUAAGAGUCACGGCAUGUCAGUUAGAUUGGAUGAUUUAUGGUCAUACUUUUGGUUUUAUAAUGUUCUUUUAAUCCAAGUCUACUGGGGUUUUGAUAAUUCAUAGUGUUAGCACAUGUUGGUAGGCUUUUUAUUUACAUCACUUGUAUGUUGAUAAAGUUUCUAAUA